AUGGCGACCGGAUUCGUGGGGUCUACGAAGAGUUUUCCAUUUUCAUUCGAUGUGGAUGUAGAGGAUGACGAGCAGGGCAGGUCCACACCGAGGCUCAACAAGCGCAUCGUUACAAAUACCAAUGCUAUUCCAGAGGACAAACAACUCUCAGAAUUAGAUUUAGAUGGCCUGGAUGAACUUGAAGACUCUGAAGAUGAGGCUGUGCUGGAGGAAUACAGGAGGAAACGUAUUGCGGAACUGAAGAGACUGUCAGAAAAGCCUAGAUUUGGUGAUAUUAGGGAGGUGUCGGGGCAGGACUAUGUGCAGGAACUCGCAGCCAAGUUCCCCUACACAAAGUUCCUGAAGGCAGUGGCUCAGACGUGUAUCCCUAACUUCCCUGAGAGGAACCUGCCCAGUGUGUUUGUGUACUUUGAGGGUGACAUGAAGAAACAGUUCAUUGGAGGAACAGAGUUGAGAGGCACGUCAUUGACUGUUGAAGAAUUUGAAUACAUUCUGGGGAAAGUCGGUGCAGUGGACUCAAAAAUAACAGAAGACCCCAGACCAAAGAUUAAGGAUAAGAUGUUCACCGACCUUGGCUCUAAUGACUGGUGA